AUGUUAAUUUCGCACAGCCUUGAUGUGCGCCUUUCGGAACACGUGGGUGGAUGCCUCUUGAUCGAAUGGCUAUCCAGUGACAAGCCUCUUAAACAAUAUAGCGAAAUUUGUUCACAAACUGGAGAUUGCGGUAUACAACCUGAUUGUCAAGAUGGCAGUCUUUACUUAGAAAAAUCUUAUUUUGCAUCGGCUUAUUCUCCAGCGACCUUGGCUUCGAUUCUUUUCCCUGUUUGUCGUUGGCGUCAGGAUUCAAUAAGCUCCUCUGAUGAAGAGGUAGCACACUCUGUUUCCUCAAACGUACCUAGAAGACAUCGGUUCUGUGCUGAGCUAUUUUGCUUCUCUGGUCUCCGGCUUUCAAAUAUUGCUAAAUUGCGUAUCUCUAUUGCUCCUUUAGUCCAAAAUGAUGCUUCCAUCCGAUGGAGCGCUGGUAGAGCUGAAUCAGAUUGCCUUGAUGAUUUAGAGUUAGAUGUAUUUGUAGACAUAAUUCCAGCUCAUCUUAUUUUGGAGAGGCCGCCUCAAUUAUCCAGAGUUCAGUUGCGGCCCAACUCCAUUGGCAUGCAUGAAUUUGAUGGUACCACCUGGUUUACCCUUGAGUUCACUGGACUCCUUGAUCAACUUCCUGCUAAGCCUUUUACUUGGGCCUUCCGAAGGAUCGGACUUUUGUGGAGACAAAAUCUUGCAGCUGAAUCGAACUGUGCCUUUCGGAUUGGACUCUUCGAGCUCCUUGAUCCGGAUUGGCUGGCUCGUGAAUCCUGUGGCUUUUAG